CAAUACGAGAGGUGGGUCGGUAGCCGAUAGUGACACAGCGGCAUCACCGGGUAAGAGAAAGGCAGAAUGUCAGAAGGAGACAGUGCUGGUGAGUCCAUCCAUGGGAAACCAUCAGCAAUUUCAAGUUUUUUCACACGUCUUGGACAGAUCUAUCAGUCGUGGUUAGACAGGUCUACGCCGUUUUCUGCAGUGCGAUGGACAGUCACUCUUCUCCUAACAGCCAUCUAUAUGAUUCGUGUGUAUAUACUCCAGGGGUGGUAUAUUGUCACCUAUGCUCUGGGAAUCUACCAUCUGAACCUGUUCAUCGCCUUUCUCUCACCAAAAGUGGACCCUUCACUUCUCGACGAUCCAGAUGAAGGCCCAGCUCUACCCACCAAACAGAAUGAAGAGUUUCGGCCUUUCAUCCGGAGGUUGCCAGAAUUCAAAUUUUGGCAUUCUGCGACGAAAGGCAUCGUCAUCGCUAUGAUUUGCACAUUCUUCGAAGCCUUCAACGUCCCAGUCUUCUGGCCCAUCCUGGUCAUGUACUUCAUCAUGCUCUUCUGCAUCACCAUGAAGAGACAGAUCAAGCACAUGAUUAAGUAUAGAUACCUCCCCUUCACACAUGGCAAGAGGACAUACAGAGGCAAGGAAGACACAGGGAAAACCUUUGCUAGUUAAACCCCCCCCCACCCUGACAUUAAACUUAUUCAUGAGUCAUGAGGAAACAUAAGAUCGUUGAGUGCUAUAAAUAUAACAAAUGGAUGGAGAGGGUUGAAAGCGCGUUUUUGGUGGCUUUUUUAUUUUUGUGCUGGGGCUCUUUUGGUAGCAGCUCAU